AUGUCCUCUGUCGCCCCGGACGGCGGCACACACCACUCCAGCUCAAAACGCGCCUCCUCGCCCUACGGUCGCGCCCCCACCGCCUCCACUCUCCCACCCAAGCCCACCUCUCCGCUCUCCACCUCGCGCCAGAACGCCGUCACCCCCCUCGCUCCUCUCGAGUAUCUUCAAAAUCAGCGCCGUGGAUCCAUCACGGACCCCUCCCUGCACGCUGCAAGCACCCCCUCCUUCCCUCCCGGCCCAGCCGGUUCCUCGAGUGUAGCAUCGCCUUUCCGACGGCCCGAGUCUCCACCCCCCUCAUUCCCCUCCUCUGCCUCCCACGAGCCCAGACGGUCCUUUUCCCAAUCACGUCCGCUCUCCCCCUACAGGUUUGGGGACGCUUCCACCCACUCCUCUGGAAGCCCCAGCGCCCACUUCAGGAGGCUUCUCAGGUCGCCAACACCAGAGCCAGGAGAUAGACGCGCCAUGGCGGUGGACACCAACUCACGCGAGGUCGGUCCCGGGGAGCGCAAUGGAAGCCAAGCGCCGGACAGGGCGAAGGGCGGCGACCACAUGGAGGUGGACAAGCACGAGAACCCGCAACAGCAUGGCCAGGAGCGUGGCGGACACGCGCGUCCGGAUCAUGGCCCGCGCGACAUGGAGGACAUCCACUACAGCGGGCGCCGGCAGUCGGUCGUAGCAGGCACGAAGCGCAAGAUGUCGUCCGACAAAGGCGUGUAUCCGCGAAGCCCAGACAUCGAUCCCCAGCUGGUCGGGCCUGAGGGCGGGCGAGAGGACGAGCCUGCGCCGAAGCGGCGGGGCUCUGCGAUCGACACGGCGCGGAUCGCGCAGCUGAGCCUGUACGACCGUCGGAACUCGGUCGACGCGCGGGCCUCCGCGGGCUCGCCGUGGUGGACAACAGACCGACGGGACUCGACGAGCUCGGCGUCGGCAUACACGGGCAACUCGAACACGCCGCUUACGACGGGCUAUACGACGCCCUCCUCGGCACUUCCCGGCGACUCGCCACAUGGCCGGCCUCCUGGCGGCAUCGCAACUUUCGCGUGGCCUGCUAAUCCUCCUGCGUCCGAUCAACCUCCCCCGACAAACAUGCAGCACGAGCCUGCUGUUAAUAUGCCCGGCCCCCACUCCUUCGACCCUCUCACCACCGCCAUGCCUCCCGUCGCCUUUGCCCCAGAUCGUCGAAUGUCGGCCCCCAACAUCUCCUCCGACGCCCUCCCCCCGGCCUCGGGGCCCUCUCGCGCUCUCCGCUCGCGCUCCCGCCCGCCAUCGCGCGCCUCCCCCGGCGAAAGCAACCCCGAAGACGGCGGCAUGUCCGACAAGCCUUCAGGCUCAACCCCGUACUCGCGCUCCCCGGAGCUACGCGUCUCCCACAAGCUCGCGGAACGGAAGCGCAGGAAAGAGAUGAAGGAGUUGUUUGACGAGCUGCGGGACCAGCUUCCCGCCGACCGGGGAAUGAAAGCGAGCAAAUGGGAAAUUCUCAGCAAAGCCAUUGACUUCAUAGUCACACUCAAACAAAGCCAUCAGGAUAUGGGCAACCAGAUUGAGAUGUUGCGCCACGAAGUCGAAGGCUACCGCCAAGGCAUGCCCCCACCCUUUGCCGGAGCUCCCCCGCAUUCUGUUGUGCACGGCUAUCCCGUCGGGGAGCCGCCCCAGGCACGGCUCCCCCAUCUGCCCCUCAUCACCCCCACUCCGCUGGGCCUCAUGCUGGAGGCCCGCAGCCGGGCUCAAGACCAGGCUCUUCACACAACACGUACCCGCCAGGAGGCGCCCCUCCUCCCCAACCUCCCGUCGUGA